AUGUCAAGUGGAGCAACGCACUGGUGUUAUGCAUGCAGACAGCCAAUUGUGCUUGAUGGGAGAGACGCUCUUUGCCCUUACUGCGAUGGAGGAUUUAUACAAGAACUUGAUGAGUUGCGAGGAGCUGCACCCCAGCAUACGUAUUCAUCUCAGUCAGGAGAGUUUCAUCAAAUGCCUGACCUUUUCGAUGCUAUACAUGCUUUUAUGGGGCAGAGAGGGUCUGACCAGAGAUUCGGGCUUAUGGAUGCUGUUGAUAAUUUCAUGAGGCAUAGAAUGGCUGGAAGAAACUCAAACUUUGAUGUUAGAGGGAGGUCUGGUUCUUUCCCAGCUCCUGAACAAAGUUGGGGUGUUUUUAGUUCUGGUCCUUAUUUAAUAUUUCAUGGUCAAGUUCCUGGAUUCACCUUGGCUACUGGGAGCCCAAGAGGAGGUCCUAGGCGUGUUGAUUUUGGUGAUUACUUUAUGGGUCCUGGACUGGAAGAACUUAUCGAGCAACUCACCAUGAAUGACCGGCGCGGUCCACCCCCAGCGGCUCGAUCUUCCAUUGAUGCAAUGCCUACUAUUAGGAUAACACAGGCACAUCUUCGCUUAGAUUCACACUGCCCAGUUUGUAAAGAGAAAUUUGAACUGGGCACUGAAGCCAGAGAGAUGCCAUGCAACCAUAUUUACCAUUCUGACUGUAUUGUUCCUUGGUUGGUUCAGCAUAACUCAUGUCCUGUUUGCCGUGUUGAGUUGCCACCUCAAGGACAGGUUGUUUCCCGCGGUACUCGAAGUUGGGGAGGAAGGAAUGCCAGCACCAGCAGCAGUGGUGGCGAUGAUAGCUCCAGAGGCAGGGAGAACAACAACCCUCAGAACCAGGGAAGGAGAAAUCCAUUUUCAUUUUUGUGGCCAUUCCGCUCAUCUAGCUCAAACAAUAAUCAUUAUUCUGAGACUGGGGGAAGCAGCUCUUCAACCACUCCUGACCAGAAUAACGGAACAAGUUAUAGUGGUUGGCCUUUUGAUCACUAA